CAAGCCACCUCCUUUCCCCGGCGUUCCAUCUCUCGAGCACAGAGACUAAUUGACAGGGGCCAAAUGGCCGUGGAAACCACCACUUACACAUCCCUCGGCCCGGCCGCCGACGAGAGGGAUGAAGAAAAGCUCCGAUUCAUCGAUGAGAUGACCGCCAAUGCCGACGCGGUCCAAAAGAAGGUGCUUGCCGAGAUCCUGAGCCGGAACGCUGAGACUGAGUACCUCCAGAGGUAUAACCUCGGCGGCGCCACUGACCGUGCCACGUUUAAGGCUAAGAUCCCCAUGGUCACCUAUGAGGACCUUCAGCCGGAGAUCCAGCGUAUUGCUAACGGUGACCGCUCUCCCAUCCUCUCUGCCUACCCUAUCUCUGAGUUCCUCACCAGCUCCGGGACGUCGGCCGGUGAACGGAAGCUGAUGCCGACGAUCAAAGAAGAGCUGGACCGCCGGCAGCUCCUCUACAGCCUUCUAACGCCCGUCAUGAAUCUCUAUGUGCGGGGGCUGGACAAGGGAAAGGCCCUCUACUUUUACUUCGUGAAGUCGGAGACCAGGACCCCCGGCGGGCUCUUGGCGCGGCCGGUGCUGACGAGCUACUACAAGAGCGAGCACUUCAAGAGCCGGCCCUACGACCCCUACAACGUCAUCACGAGCCCCACCCCCGCCAUCCUCUGCGCCGACUCCUUCCAGAGCAUGUACGUCCAGAUGCUCUGCGGCCUCCUCCACCGCCUCCAAGUCCUCCGUGUCGGCGCCGUCUUCGCCUCCGGCCUCCUCCGCGCCAUCCGCUUCCUGCAGCUCCACUGGGGGGAGCUCGCCCGCGACAUCGCCGCCGGCUCGCUCAGCCCCAAGAUCACCGACCCCUCGGUCCGGGACUCGGUCGCCGACGUCCUGAAGCCCAACACCGAGCUCGCCGAGUUCAUUAGAGCCGAGUGCUCGACCGGGGAGUGGGCGGGGAUCGUUACCAGGAUGUGGCCCAACACCAAAUAUCUGGACGUGAUCGUGACGGGGGCCAUGGCACAGUACAUCCCCACCUUGGAGUACUACAGCGGGGGGCUCCCCAUGGCGUGCACCAUGUACGCCUCCUCCGAGUGCUACUUCGGCCUCAACCUGCGGCCUAUGUGCAAGCCCUCCGAGGUCUCCUACACCAUCAUGCCCAACAUGGCCUACUUCGAGUUCCUCCCUCUCGACCUUGCCGCCGGCGGCGCGUGCCAGGGGGAGGAGCUGGUGGACCUGGCACGCGUGGAAGUGGGCAAGGAGUACGAGCUGGUGAUCACCACCUACGCGGGGCUCUACCGGUACCGGGUCGGCGACAUCCUCCGGGUGACGAGCUUCCACAACGCGGCCCCACAGUUCCGGUUCGUGCGGCGGAAGAACGUGCUGCUGAGCAUCGAGUCGGACAAGACCGACGAGGCGGAGCUCCAGAAGGCGGUGGAGAGAGCGUCGGAGCUCCUCGAGCCGUGGAACGCCACCGUGGUGGAGUACACCAGCCACGCCUCGACGAAGAGCAUCCCGGGGCACUACGUCGUCUACUGGGAGCUCCUGGUGAAGGAGUCCACGGGUGAAGGGAGAAUGCCGUCCGGGGAGGUGAUGGGGCGUUGCUGUCUGGCGAUGGAGGAGGCGCUGAACUCGGUGUACCGGCAGAGCCGGGUGGCGGACGGGUCGAUCGGGGCGCUGGAGAUCCGGGUGGUGAGGGGAGGGACCUUCGAAGAGCUCAUGGACUACGCCAUCUCGAGGGGGGCGUCCAUCAACCAGUACAAGGUCCCGCGCUGCGUCAACUUCCCCCCGAUCUUGGACCUGCUCGACUCCCGGGUCGUCUCCACCCACUUCAGCCCCACCCUCCCCACCUGGAGCCCCCACCGCGCCACCUAGAACGUGGGCCCCACGUGUGUGUUUCCGUGGCGCUGACCGACCGACCAACUUACCUUCCCUGUCUUUUCCUAGUCAACGGCCGUGCCGGGGACGUAGCUGCAAUUUGUUUCCAUCCCGUGGAAGACGGCCUAUUACUUUCUUUUCUCCUCUAUUCCUUUGUUUAAAAUUAAAAAAAAAAGAAAAAAAAGAAGAAGGAGAACAUCAUCUACUUUAUUAAUGUCAAAUAGUGGCGCUU